CACAGAGCGGUGAAAAUAUUUUUACUGUGUUUUUGUUUGCUUAUUUUACAAAAACAAUUGUAUGAUUUUUAACAAGUAAAUUCAAGAUGACCUCCACGUCUACACCAACCAGCAAUACAGCUUCCUCUACAGCUGAAAUGUGGAGCCAGGCAGCUGCAGCUUAUCAAGCUUACAACAACUCAGCUCAGUGGUCUAACGCUGCACAGAUGUACAACACAGCCAGUGCCUAUGGGAAUAAUCAAUGGGAUGCUAAUAGUGCUUACAAUACCAAUUGGUCAACUGGUGCAGCCAAUACAGGUACCGCAGGCACUGGUACUACAGGCUACAACACAAAUCAAUGGUAUGGUGGUAACUAUAACACAGGCACUGGGGAUGCUUCCUCAUAUUCUACUGGCAUGACUGGUGCUUCUAAUAAUCAGAAUGCUUACACUGCCAACACAGCGGCGUUUUCUACCAACACAGGCUAUGUAGACCAGUCUCAGAAUUAUGGUGCAGAUGGGUACAGCACUGGUGGCUAUGGCAACCAAUAUGGAAAUUACGGUGGCUAUGGAAAUCAAGGCUAUGGAAACAAGGGAAAUGAUAAGGGUGGAAGAUUUGGAAAUAACAGAUCAGGGUCUGGCAAUAGGAACCAGGGCAGUAUGGGUGGGGGUAACAGAUCAGGUGGGGGUAGGUCUGGGGGGAUGGGAGGGGGAGGAAGAGAUAGGGAUCGUAGUAACGGACGAAGUGGGGGACGAGAUGGUAGAAUGGGAGGAGGUAGAUUCAGUGAUGGUGGAAGCGGUGGUCGAUUUGGAGGUAGAAGAGAUCGUGAUGAGUCUGGUGAUUUUGAUAAGCCUUAUAAUCCUAAACGUGUGAAACUUGACAGAGAUAUGGGUCGAAUGUCUGGAAUGAUAGAACAAACGUCAAGCACUAUUUCAUCUUUACGACGAGGCUGGGGCAACAUGGAUAGCAAAGAACUGAAUAAAAAAGUUGACUAUUUGUUGAACCAACAGAUGAUGUUGAUAGAGAAACAGAGUCAUAUGGCUGAGAUGAUGGAGAGAAGAGAAAUGGAGAUGAUGAGUGAGAUGAAUGCUAUGAUGAAAGAUAGAGAUGACAUGAUGAGACACAUGGGACCUGGUGGUUAUGGUGGUGGUUUUGAAGGGGGUAUGCCUGGACCAAGAUGGAGUCGAGACAUGAGAGACAACUCUUGGAUAAGUCCAGAAGAAUCGGUCAUGAGGUUCACAGAAUACUUGCUGUUCUUCUUCCCUAAACCAACCUGUACCCAAACUCUCAUCAGAGCAGUAUUGAGCUCUCGUCUCAACAUCAAGGUUGAAUUCCGCUUCAAGGAGCUUGAGAAAGAUGGAGAUAAGGUCAUCCGGGGUCAUUUGCUUCUUGGAUACUUCGUCUUGAGUCAUGGAACCAACAGCGAUUUAGAUACCUUGAGAGAUUUCUUGUUUGAACGUGCCAUGUAUACCCUGAUGACAAAAACCCUCGGCCAUAUUGCUGUCAAUAGUAACCGAGUCAUGGAAGCCAAAAAGAACGAAGACAGAAUUAUUCGAGGUGAUGAAAUGUGUGAGAUCAACGGAAGCGAAGCUGUGAAGAUUUGGAGCAGUCGUCCUGAUCGAGACCGUGACCAUAAAGAUAAAGACAAGGAUGAGAAGAAAGAGGAUAAAUCUGAAGAUUCAGAAGUCAAAACCGAGGAGACAGCUGAAACAGAGAAACAUGAGGAUGAAGAAAUGAAGGAAGAAAGCGAACAGCAACAACAACAGCAACAACAACAGCUUCAAGAAGGUGAAGAGCACAGCGAGAAAGAUGGGGAAGAAAAACACGACGAUACCAAAUCAGAGGAUGGUAAACGAGGUCGUGAACGUCGAGAUUCAGAGAGAAGUAAAGAUGACAGACGUGACCGAUCACGAGAGGAUCGUCACGACCGUGAUAGACAUGGUCGUCAACGAAAACCAAGAUCCGAAUACAAAUUCUUCAGUCCAAGACUUAGGGAGAGGCUCGAAAUGAUGAGGGAUGAGUUACCCACUGGACAACACAUCAGAUCUAUUCAUGAUAUGAGCUACGCUGCCAAAUGUAACAACGUUGGUAUAACUUUGACCGUUUACAGACGCAGACCUGACGACUUCCUGUUAGAAACCUAUGAUGCCGAGCUGUACGCUGAUGAAAUUUAUCUUGGACGAGGUCACGGCAAGGAUGUCCGUGAAGCUCACAAAUACGCCUUUAUACACAGCCGAGAUGAGAUCCUUGCAGCAUCUUUGAAUGAAAUGUUGGCAACACGUAAACGUUUGAUUGAAUUGAAUUUGAAUGACCCUCUCUUGCUGGAUGUACAGUAUCGAGGACCCUUUCACGAUGUGGGAAACAAUAUGAGCAACUUAAAAAUGGCCAAUGAGUGGCCCUUGGGUGAGGAUAAGCCUAUUGAUGACUUCAUUCUUCUGGAAGAUGAAGAGGACCGAAAGAAGAACCACUACAAGACCCUGGAAGUUAGCGCUACUCAGAAUUCGAUGCUGUUGGAAUGGGUGCGAUCUGGUCGAGAGGACAACAUGCCUCAUCGUUGUCAACUUUACUUAGAGAAGGUCAAGAUAGCAGACGUCAAGGCUCCUAAUAAGAUAAAAGCUAAGAAUAUGGCUGCCCAGGCUGCUUUAAAGAAGUUAAAGACCACACAGACUUUUAUCAGAUACUCCAUUGAUCCUGAAAAGCCACCAUUGUUUACUCACACUGAUCUGAAAGAACGUUCCCAGAUUUUGGAGAACCGUUAUAAACAGAUCAAAGCAGAGGAAACCGGAAUCAUCGAAGAAGACGAAGAGCCCAAGACGGAAGAGGAAGAGAAGGAAGAAUCCCGAGAGGAAAGGAGAGAGAGAAGAGAAAAGGAAAGAAUUAAAGAACGAGAGAAGGAAGAAUUAGAAGAGAGAUGUCUGGAUGAAGUGAUUGGGGAGGAAGUUGAUAAAUAUUUAGCUCAAGAUGACAUGGAGGGUGUUACUUUAGGUGAGGACCUACCAGUCAAUAUAAAAAGACGUGUUAGUUUAUUAGCUGUACAGAAAGGUUUAUUAGUGAUGCCAUGUGGUACUGAUGAUCUAAUACUAUUAAAUAAAGACAAUUAUCUCUGUCCUAAUAUGGUCAAGAAACUGACCGAGAACGACAACAAAUUGGGUCGAUACUAUCUAGUUCAGCUGCGAGUGGCAGGAGAAGAGAAACCCAUGAGACUGGUGGAAGAGGAAGAAGAGGAUGACGAAGAAGAUGAAGAAUCCAAGGAUCACUCAAAAGAUGAGAGAGAUGAAGAAAAACCAGCUGAAAAGUCAGAGGAGGUGAAAACAGAAGACAUUAAAACAGAACCAGACUCAGAGAAUGGAAAUACAGAGACUGCUAUGGAGGCGGAGUAAAUUAUGAGGUUGAUCAUGUGAUUGGUUGACAUUUGAUAACCUGAUCAGAUUUAAUAAUUUGAUAUGGAUCGGGCUAGAUGUAUAAAUGUCAAUCAUAAAUGAUCAGUUUUGAUUGGUUGAUAAGUGAUCAAUUCUAGGAAAUUUGAUUGGUUGUUCUACCCAAAUAUAUUAUGUCAAUCAUUAAUGAUCAGUUUUGAUUGGUUGGUCCAGUUGGAUUUAUCAUGUCAAUCAAAAGUGAUUAGUUUUAUUUGAUUAGUUGAUAAAGUAGUUAUAAAUAGAUUUGACCAAUCAAAAGUGGAUAAGAAAAUUGAAAUGUAUAUAGUAGUUCAUUUUUAUUUGGCUUUCUAAAGCUUUUGCUUGGCUUGAUUUAAGACUAAAAACAAAGCUUGGAACAAGAGAGUUGAGUAAUUUAUGCAGAAAAACACAAACUGAUCAUUUGUAUUGUUGCUUGAAAACUGUUUCUAAAUGUUGGGAACUUUAUGUCACCAGACAAAUGAGGCCAUUCGACAUUAAAUUUAAUGAAAUAAUAUUUGGACUUAGUCUGUUAAAAGUCAAAAGUAAAUAGGUCUUAAAUUGAUUUGAAUCUUUUCUGAGUUUUAGUCGAUAAAUGGUCAGUGUUUAUUGGCUGUCUGAGAUCAAAACUGAUCUAUUUUAAAGAAUCUGAUUGGUUUAUUUAACAGCUUAAGAUUUAAUUGACCAAUCAAGGCUCCUUUUGGAAGAAUUAUCCACAAAAAUCGGGAAAUUUCGAAAAUAUGUAAGACAAAAAUUCUUCAAUUGUUUUUGUUUUAAAGUCAUUAAUUUUGUAAAUUUUGAAAGAAUCAUGUUAAAUCACAUCAUAUAUAUUAUAGUCUUUAUGUUUAUUUUAGUGCUAUUCUCAUUUGUUGCAUGUUGCAGUUCUGUUUACCUUAUUGCACACUGCAUAUCUUAGUUAACUCAUAGAGUAUUGUCAUGUUGCAGUCAUAAACUUCUCUCGUUGCAUACUGCAUAGCAUUUUCUCUCUACUUACUGAAGGAUGUGUAGAAUAUUGUUAUGUUACAGUUAAUUUUAAGAAAACUUUUCUUUACUGUCUUAAAUUUUCCCUUAUUGCAUACUGCAUAGCAUUUCUCUCAGCUAACUGAAGAAAUUAACUAUUGCCAUGUUGCAGUCUACUUUUAAGAAAGCUAUUCUUUACUGUCUUAAAUUUUCCCUCAUUGCACACUGCAUAGCAUUUCUCUGCUUACUGAAGAAUGUGGAAAAUGUUGGAUAUUGCAGAUUAUUAUGAAAAAUAUUUUGUCUUAUUUAUGCUACUGUAAAAUGACCUCCAUUGCACACUGCAUAGUGGUUUUGUAUUUUGAGUCGUACUCAGAUUUAGUUCAUAUGAAUACAUUAUUAAAUAUUCUAAUUUGCCUCACUCUACACUGCAUAGCCUUGUCUUAUAAAGCCUAAGAAUAUUGCAGCUUUAUAUAUUUUGAUAAGUAUUUAAAUGACUGUAAAUCUUGAUAAGUUCAUUAGUCACAUUCCUUGGUUAGAAAUCAAAAAUAAUGUCUUAGACAUUUACAGUUUCUUUUGUAUAUAUUCUUUCAUCCACAAAAUUAUUUUGAUUUUACCAUUUUGUAUGUCAUUUGGUGAAAGUUUUUAUUUUUGUCAAAUUUUCAUUGAUUAUGAUAAAUCUUUCAAUCAAUUGCAGAAAUUUGCAACCAUUUCCACCUAAAGUGAUUACAUGUCAUUAUAGUAUUAUGUAUUUGAGAGUAUUUUUGGCAUAUUUAGUUGCAUAUUUUGUUGUCUCAUUGAAGGGAUGGGUUGAAUAUUGUUCAUUUUAAAAGUGUAUUAUUCAGUGUUAUUCAAAUUUCACAAUGGAAGAGACAAAUUUCAUUCUUA